UCUUGAGUGUAUUCUUACAGAAAGAUGUUGUUAACUUCAUAUUUUACUCGCAUUAUAUGAAGAAAAGAAAUACUUUGGAUAUUAAAAAUUCAUCUUCCCCGAUAAUUGACCAGAUCUCAAUCUAUUGUAAAUCAAAUAAAACACUGCUUAUAAGGCUGGAACUUGCAAGUAGUGGUGAGAAUGGCAAUGAUACUGCGAUGGCUGACGAGGGAUUUGAUCUGUGCGAAUACAUGCGGAGCGAAUUUGCUAUGCAACGUCUGCUUUUGAUCUUGCGACAAAGUCAAAAUUAUUGCACAGAUAAUGAAUGUUUUAGCAUUUCGCGAUUGCCAGGACCACGCGAUACUUCGUCGUCCUCAAACUUUUUCAUGACCACUUUGUUAAUUAUUGGAUUCGCCGUUCUUAUGUAUGUUCUUAGACCAAACUCUCUUCGUCAAUUAACCAACAACACAGCUAAAGAUCGAGAUAACGAACGCGAUUCAAACGGCGACCCUCCCGUACCUCCACCGACAGUGCAAUAAGAAAUGCAAUAUGACAAACACUGGAUUUUCAUAGUAGAAUCUGCCAAACUUAUGAUAACAGAAGAACUGGGGAGAGAAUAAUUAAUUCAUUCAUUCGAUUUAUAAAAUAUAACUAGUAUAUAUUUAAUCUAACCAAAUAAGAACUAUAACUUCCUUUCACAGGUUUGAGAAUCAUUAUAUUUAUACACUUUAACGAGUAUACACAUACCCAUUUUAAUUUCUACAGUUUUAUUUAUUAAAAUCUAUCACAUGUCAGGGGACCUGUGCAAAAGAAAAAAUAUAAUUUAACGAGAUUAUUUUCGUUAAAUAUAAUACGUAACCGAAUCACCGAUGUCGUGCCACAGGCUGUUGGAAAUAGUCUUUUACGAACACGUGACAGUUUUAACAUUGAAAUUGCAAUCUUUAAACUGGAAUAAUAAGAACUUCUUUAUCAUGUUGUUACUGUGAUUGCACAUAUUGUAUAUCAUAGAGGAAAAACUGUUAAAAAUUUAUUUUGACAUUCGUUAUUGUAAAUAGCCUGAGUACCUGUAAUUCGAUAAUGGUAUUGUAUUCUAUUAUUUAUAUUAAAUUCGAUGAAGUUUCAUAGGAGAUGUAAUUGAACUUUGUAGACUAAAAUUUGUUGAUGAAUUAAAAAACAAUGUAACAAUGAAAUAAAAUAUAUUGCCGUUUA